UGUUUUCUGACACUAUUUCCUUCAGGUUUUGACCUAAGACACGUUUUUUCGAAAAUUUUUGCUGAUUUUCAAAUUUUUUAUUGCAAGUGUUAUAUUUUUUUUAAAGCGCUCGGCCAGCCGCAUCGAAUAGGCUGUAUUUUAAUAGUUAGCAUCAUAAUUUUAAAAAUUACAUUUUUUGGCGUUUUGUUAUUUUUCCAAAUUUUUUCUUUUUUUUUACGGUUUUAUUUUUUCAAUUUUUUCUUUCGUUUAUGUUUAAUUUUAAUUAUUUAAAUAUCUUUUAUUAUUCUUUGUUUGUUUUUAGUGUAGUUGUUUUGUUUUAGCCCGCUAUGAGGGUUUAUAAUGAAAAUUUGCCGUUAUUGGGAUCGGAAAUUGCAAUUAUUUUCCGUUAUGAGAUGGAAAAUUGCCCGUCAACCUUUUAGAAGGCCAAGAAGCCAGAUUUCUUCCUUUUUCAGUUUGUUUUUUAGUUUUUAUUCUUUGCGCAUAAUUUAA